AUGGAGAAAGCCUUGCGACUUCUUGAAAUGAAUCCAGUUUAUGACGUUUCAAAUUUUAAUGAUUCAGAUGUGUUUCAAUCAUGCAUUGAAAUGCUACCCAUUCGGCAAAGUAAAAUUGAUCUUGAAUCGGAUAUUGUUGAUUUGUAUGACUCUCGAUCAAUUGACUAUGCAUCUAAAUAUGUGAUGGAAGGAAGUCUCAACUUUGAAAAGUUUAAACUUGGUGGAUCAUACGAAUCAAAUUAUCAAAAAAUAAAAAAACAACAAAGUCAUGACCGAACAAUUGCUAUUCGAAACGAGUUGAGUAUUUUGGUGGCCGAUGUUAUACUGUCAAGUAGUUGUCCGUUAAAUUAUCAAGCAAAAAAGGAUCUGAUAGAAAUUGCAAAGUAUUCUCAAAAUCAACCAUUAUCAGCAAGUUAUGCAGCACAAAUGUUUAUCAGAAAAUAUGGUACACAUUUUACAAGUCGAAUACAAUUGGGUGGUAUGUCAUUAGAUACUUGGCAAAGGAACAAUCAAAAAAUAUCCAGUUGUUGUUCGUCGAAUGAUAGAAAAUAUGACUUAUUUUGUCCGAUCGGAUCAUUACCAGAAUUGAGUCAAUUAGAAUUAUGGCGUGUUCGACGCCAGUUGAAUGACGCAGUUAAUACCUACGUCGAAAUGAAUGUUGUUAGUGGAUGUAUGGCACGCGAAUCACUAUCAUUCAAUUGGAUUGCAAAUGUAGCGGACGAUUCGUGUCUGUCAGCCAAAACGAAUGCGAAAUUUGGUGGCAAAUUUGGUGGUCAUUCAAAAUUCUAUUAUACAAAUAACUAA